GUUUAAGAUUUUUAUUUUAUUCGAGUUGAUGACUGAGUUGACUGGAAUCUCAGGGUUGGACAACUUUCCGCCACUUUCGCUUCUCCUUCAAGACUUGAGCAAAAAACCAGGAUGGCCAGCAGACCACCUCACUCGAAUCGGUUCAACUACAACAACAACAACCUCAACCCGACUGCCUCGACGAGCAGCUCAACACUCGUCAACGAACUACAGGAUGAGAAGGAGAAGCAGCAGAGACUAGAAUACCAAGCCACCGCUGGAAUACACAUCUUCGAGGCAGAAGGAGCACUCCCAACCCAUCCACUACAACCUCAAACUCAUCUCCAUCAUCCUCAGCGAAAACCAUUCCAACCAGAGCGAGAUCAAAAACUAUUCAAAACGCUCAUCAACUCACCCAGCAAACUCAGCCGGACUACUGCCAAACGACGCUCAAUAGGAUCCCUAAACCAGACCACCAACAACCUCCAAAAUCACUCAGAAACUGCACCCAUCAUGGCAAGCCUCAAGCAGAAUCAGAUCAGUCUCAGCUCGGAUCAGGAUAAUAAUCAUGCACCACCAGAAGAUCGAGAAGAUCAAGACCCAGACGCGACCUUCAAUUUCGAUCCGAAUGAUGGCACAAAACGGAUGGCCGCUCUCUUUGACAGUGUCGCCCAUUCAGACAUGCCUCCCAACGUGAACCAAACCACCAAAAACAACAUUUCUCCUCAUCUCGACAGCAGCAAACCUGUCCAGCAUCAUCAGACCGAGCCCAAACCCAAGCCUCGCCCCCCACUCGAACAUCUGCGUGGUCGAUUCGAUAAACAAAACCAAGAGACGCGUCGGAUCCCUUCCGACCCUCCGAUCGACAAUGUUAACCGAACCAAUGGUCUAUCUACCAACGUCACCUCCAGGUCCCACGCUUCGUCUAAAGCUCUAUCUACGCAACGCGUUCAAGCACACAACCAGCUCGGGCAUCAUCCGACCAAGACCUCAAGUUCGCAGAACAUUGCCAAGCAACCCCAAGAGCCUUUGUUGUCACAGAACACGAUCUCCAAGGAUGGCUGGCGAUCAGGCCCAUUGAUGACCACCAGGGAAUCCACCUCAGACACCGACGACAGUCCCGAGGACACUUUCAAACCCCCUGUGUCCUCGGACCUUAAUAACCCUAGCCGGCACUCCGUUCAUAACAAUCUUCCCGCCCAGAAAUCGCUCGGCCGUGGCCCCUCUGAUGCCCAGAAAAAAGUCACCUUCUCUCGCAGAUUAAACGAUAGUAAUGAUCUGCUGACCUCUGGAAGCUCGAUGGACCCGGCCGACCUCGAUCCCGCUCGAUCCGACUCGACCGAUCCAGAAGACGCACAACGUCAGACCGAGCCAAACACGUCUUAUGUCAACCCAGAAGAAGAAGGCCAACCAGAGCAAACUCUCCAGAAUCCGAGACUUGAGGCCGGUCAGACCACUCUUACCACGCCGAAAAUCGCCGGCUUUUAUCCGAGCACUCCCGCCACAAUCCGGCCAACCGCGGUCGCGUCGCGUUUGCUUGCGAAUGAAGAGGCGUCGCGUCGGCUGCAGAAGCUCAAGAACCAAACCCCGCGGGCCCGUCUGAAACGUCUACCCAGUGCAUUGCAAGACCAACCCGUCCAGACCUGGGACGCUCCAAAUCAGAUCGACUAUUCGGCCAUGACGGGGAAUCAUCUCCAGCCUUCCACCAGUCAAGCCUCCAAACACACUUUCCAAGCUCCUCCUCUCACUCGCAACGGAAAGGGAAAGGAGAAGCAAGUCGAAGAUCCCCCACCUUCGUCCACUGAGCCUCCACAAACCCAUCCGACUGGACAAGUGAAUCGGAUCGUCCAAGAGAGCUACGACCAAACGAUCAUCACUGGGGGACAGACCCGGGCCUCAUGUUUCCCUACGCCCCAUCCGCCGGGAUGGCUAGUGCCGGGCUCACCGGGCGAGCCAUCGAGCUCGACCGGUCCGGCCGAUCGGCCGAUCCUGCAUCCGACGAGCGCGCUCAAACACGCCCGACAGAAAGCCUCCUCGCGAUACGGCUCCGCCCACGACCGGGUGAUCUAUGCCUCCAACCAUGCAGUUGACGAGCCGGCUGAUGAGAUCACUCCCCGCCCCUCCAAGCGGCCCGCCCAUCGAACCUUAGUGGCCCAGAAAUCCGCGCUCAAUAAAGACACCCAGCAGAUCUCCACCUCUAACCCUAACUUCACUUUACCUAGCUUCGACGGCUUCGAUCAUCCGCGACAGGCGCAUCUCACUAGCACCCCUGUGGUCCCCCCUCUCCCCCCUCACCAUUCCAAAAACCCCAAUCCAGGCCCGCCUUCGACUACUACUACUCAGACCACUGAUGGCGGUGGGAAUGGCCCGGGAAAAACUUUGAAGGACUUGGCCGCCGCUGUCAUCGAAUUCAUUGUCGAUAAAAAACCGAUCGAGGUUUUGGCGGAUACGUUUUCGAUGAACAGCAACCAUGCCAAUAACAAAGUAGAGAAGAAGAAGACGAUCCAGGCGAAGAAGGCGGAGCUCUUGACGCAAGAGAAGAGUGCCAAGGAGUUGGAGGAGUUGAUGCGAAGUUCGGAGAGAGUGGAAGAAGAGCGGCGGCGGAUCCAGGCCAAGCUGGACGACCUCUGUCCUCCACACUCGCUCCAUUCGCGCCCGUCUCGUCUGCUCUCUGUCCUCAAAACCUUCUUCUUUUCGAAUUCCGGACAACAAGCGUCUCCAACGAGGACGACUGUCAACAGAAGAGAGCCCCGUGUGGCCGACCGUCACGUCCCGUGUUGGAUCCGUCGCCAUUGGAAGGUUUCGCUUCUCGCUCUGCUCUUCCAAGCCGCUUGUUUGUGGAUGGUUCUCCAUUUAUCGACCAUCCGCAGUUACAACCUUGUGCUCCAAUCCACUCUAUCUUCCACCCCCACCAGCGUCGUCGUCGGCGGCGCCGGCCAUCCCUCCACAACGAGCACGACCUCGACAUCGAUGAUCGUGUCCGGCAGUCUGAGCUACAUGAGUCGCGACCGUCUGGCCCGCGUGCUCAGGAGCCAGACAGGGGCCCAUCGGCUCGACGAUCCCGAGCAUGGAGGGAUCUACGAAGGCGUCGUCGAACUGGCCCGGUUUCUGGCCGACUGGGCCGCCGGCUUCCCGGCCUUCUUGCAUCCCUUCCACCAUCCCCAUCCUCACUCCUCCUCCUCCUACUCUCUUCUCCCCUCGCUCUUGCAUCCGCUCCGAUCCUCCCCUCUCUUCCGCUUCUUCUUUCCCCCCUCCUCCGCCUCCUCUUCUUCGUCUUUCAUCUCUCCCGUUGCGACGCCCUUUAAUCUCUCCUCCCAGGCCCCGCCCGGACAACAAGACCUUCCCCUCCAGUUUGCUACCGCCCCAGACUCCCUCGACCCCAUCCAGUCCCUCUUGAACUACCAAUUCGUCCCCUUCGUUCCCACCUAA